ACAGCAGCAAAAACGAGACACAAAUAUAUACUAUCACAAGCAUCACAGAAUCCAAAACUGAUCUCCCAACGCUCUUUCUUGACCCUGCCAUGUCCUCCUCUGGUGUGUCCAAGACUACCGGUAUUAAUGCCAUGAAGAAUGACAAUUAUGAAACUUCCAAUUUGCCAUCCGAGCAGGGCGCUGAGGAGUACCGGUACCUACAAGGAGGUACCGGUACUACUAGUAUCACCACCACAAAUUAUCAGGAACAAGUGCAACAGGAAAUGGCAGGACUCGUCUCCUUUGCCAAUCCAAUUACCGGAACAACCACCAUAAUCGAACUGCAGCAUUCCGCAAUGGCCACCCACAGAUCCUCCAAGACUUCUACCGAUACCACCAGUGGCGACUCGAAGAAGCAACAACCCCGCAAACCAUCCCUGUUGGGAGCCAGUGACAGACCCACCAAAAUGACAUGUCGACAAACCACACCCUACUUUCUACUCAAGAAUAAUAAUAAGAAACAACCACAAGAUGAUGCCAUGACGAGGAUUGCCGAAACCGCACGAAGAAUGAGCGUGGAACAACCUCCCAUUGUACUAGGACAGGAAUCGACCGGAUCCAAGUUGCAACAGUUUCUAGGAGAUGUCUACAAACAACAAUUAGAACAACAACAACAACGGCAACCACUGAAACGGUCCAAUUCAUGUCAAGAGUUUCAAUCACACGAUUCUUCCAAACAAGAGUUUGCCAGUUCCGACUUUGCGUCAUCAGAUACAGCGGCAGGGUCUCAACUGACAAAACCGGGCAUAGUCAAGAGAAACCGGUCGUCCUGUCCGUCCAUUGGGAGUCUCUUUCAGAGUGCUGAUUUUGAGGAUAUUCAAAAUGCCUUUCCUUCCAUCGACUGGGCCACGGAAAUCACCAACAACAAUGGGUUGGAACUGCAAGAGCCAACAGCAUCAACAAUGCCGAAUCCAAUCAACAAUCCACAAUUGCGAAAUGUCUUUCGACCCGCCUUAUUACGACGAUCCUCCUCGUGCCCCUCGUUGGUAUUGGGACCCAUGUUUCAAACGGUCGACACAGUCGGUUUUGCUAGUGCUGAUAUUGCACAAGAUGUGGAACAAUUGUUUCUUGGAUCCGCCAUGGUGCCACGGCCUCAAUUGCAGUUUGGACGGUCGGGGCCUUCCCUCAACUUGGUCAUGGACGCCACCAGUCCCUUUGCCAGUGUCGAUUUGUUGCAUCAUCCCAUGAUGCGCACUGUCGAUAAUGAUCCAGCAGCAGCAAAAACAGAGGAUUCUCUGGGGGCAGCUCGACGCAGUGACUUUGACAGUAUCGAUACUAUGAAACGGCCCAUUUUCAAUUUCAAGAGCGUGGAUGGAGAACCAUUUUCCCAUUCCAAUGAAACAGCCAACAACGCCAAGUCGCCACCGACGGUCUUUUCGUUCGUUGAAAAACACAGCAAUACAGCAGUUGGAAAACAACUGCCCACAAGCUCCGAUCCGAGUGCCUGCGGAGCAUGUGGAGCCGCUGCACCUGCGGGAGCAAAGUUUUGCCCGGAAUGUGGCUGUAAAAUUGAGGCCGCAAAGAACAAUCAACAGCACCCAAGCCCUGUGGCAAAACCUUCUGCAGUCAACAAUAAUCAGUUCCAUGGCCCUGGCGCUGCCGGGGCUGCUUUUUACGGCGCGAAUUCCCUUCUCAAUCGUGCAAUGACGGAAGCUACAACCACUGGCAACAAGACCGCAACCGCAAGUGCCGACAUUGGUCCAGCGAGUGAGUUCCGUAGUAUGGAUAUGCUGGCGGAUCUCAUGAUCAGUGUCGAUUUCGGUGCAGCCAAGAAGCCAACACCAGAUGCAUUUCGCAGCAUUGAUAUGCUGUCCCAAAUUAUGCCCAGCUCGGAUUUCUCUGUCUUUGGGAACAAUGCAUACGAGCACAUUCCCGAAAGGACGAUGGACGGAGGUUCGAAACUGCCCAAUACACUGCACAUUGGGAUUCUGGAACUUCGGGAGUACUCACCCGCAGAGCCACCGAUGAAAGAUAAUGGCGACAAAAAGCCCGCUUCCAUUCCUCAAGGUUUUGGCAGUUUUGUGCAAUGGGGAAAGUCCAGACUCGAUCAAAGCAACGAAGCAACAGUUGGGCCAUCUGGUGGUGAUGCCAGUUCCGACUGGUUUGGCAAGUAUGCCCAUCAUCUUACCAAUCCUCUCGCGGGUUCAGCACCAUCGACUCCAAAAUUAGCACUCGGCACGAAGAAGAAAAAGGCCCAAUCUGCAGGAGGCAGUAAGAGGAAGAGAAGGGAAGAACCAGAGGUGAAAAAGUACCAUGAGAAGACUGAGCUUGACAUUUUGUGUGGCCGUGGGACUUUGUGCAAUACUUGGAAGGGGAACAACCACUAUCGAGCAGUUGUCGAUGAGGCCAAACCAACCUACAACACUCUUGAUAGGCAUGAAAAGACCAUUAUGAGCUUGGCGAUUGUAGACAGAAUGAUUGGGGAAGGUCGACGCUUUCUCAAGAAGGAUAAGAAUGGGUGGUUCGAAAUCACUAGGGCAGCAGCCAGGGAAAAGGCAGCACAGGCUUUGAGAGAAGAAAACACAGCGGAGGCGCGAGAGGAAAAACGCAAACGUUACCCCGCUGAAAAGUACAAGAAGCCAAAAAAGCCCAAGGAUCCCUAGCUAGACGAGCAAUGAAGCCGUUCAAUGCCUACUUGUAUGCGGACUUUGUAGUUCAGGUAUUAGUGUUGUUUGGAAGUCUU